GGCACCGGGGGCGGCACCGGGGGCGGUGGCGGCGGGGUCGGGGCCGGGGCCGGUCCCGGGGGUCCCAGCCAUGCUGAGCCGCCUGGGAGCGCUGCUGCAGCAGGCGGUGGAGACGCGGGAGCCCAGCGUGGACCUGCUGGAAGCCUUCACCGAGCACUGGAGGGGCAUCACCGGCUAUUACCUGGAGGCCACAGACGAGAGUGUCCCGGCGCGGCGCACGGACAUCCCCUGGCGCCUGCGGCAGCUCCUGGACAUCCUGGAGCACGAGGAGCGGCAGCGCCCGCCGGGGGAGACGGGGCCGUGCCUCGAGUUCCUGCUGCAGCACAAACUGCUGGAAACGCUGGGCACGCUGGGGAAGGCGGAGUACCCCCCCGGGAUGAGGCAGCAGGUCCUGCUCUUCUUCAGCCGCGCCCUGGGGCGGCUGCAGCACCCGCUCCUGCACUACCUGAACGUGCACCGGCCCCUGCAGAAGCUGCUCCAGCUCAGCGGGGACCGCCUGGGCUCCGGCACGGAGAAGGAGGAGGUGCAGCUCACCACCGUGCUCUGCUCCAAGAUCCAGCAGGAUCCCAGCCUGCUGCCCUAUCUCCUGGAGGGAAAGAGCAUCCUGAACGGGAGGAGAGCCCCAGAACCACCGGAGAGCCCCAGGGAAGAGGGUUUGGAGCAUCCCCCUGGCCCCGCUGCCAGCUCCCCUCCAGCCGAGCCCUCCCCGCCACGCAGGGACAGCAACCUCGUCACCUGCCUGGUGGGGCUGUGCAGGAGCAAGAAGGGCCGGGUGGCGCUGAAGGCUCGGGAGAACCUGCUGCUGCUGGCGGGGCUGCCCCAGGAGGCGGCUGCCGCCUGCCUGGUGCGGGGCAGUGCCCUGUGCCAGCUGCUCACGGGACACCUCUGUGACCUCUACAACGCUGUGCCCGCCGGCACCGACCCCGCCGACGUCCUCGCCAUGGGCAGGGCCAGCUGGAGGUCGCAGGGGGACGGCGGCGGGGACGGGAGUUUCCCGGGCAAGGAGAGCCUGGAGGAGUUCCUGGGCUGGCUGGACUUCCUGGAUGAGCUGGUGAUGGGCGCCCACCCGCUCGUGGCCGAUGCCAUCACCGAGGCCGUGGAGGAGAAGUUUUUCCGGGGAACCCUGCAGCCGCAGCUCCUGCAGAUGUCGGAGCUGGCCGUGCUGGGUGCCACGGCCGUGCUGGCGGCCACGGUGCGGCAGCUCCGCGCACCCGCCCUGCUCCACCGCCUCGUCCUCUUCCUGCUGGGACCCCAGCGGCACCCCGAGACCCCCGGGGACACCCCCCACCCCCUGCGGGCGCAGCUCAUCGACCGCUGCGACCACCUGAGCGACGAGAUCAGCCUGGCCAGCCUGCGGCUCUUCGAGGAGCUCCUGAGGAAGCCCCACGAGCACGUGGCUCACAACCUGGUGCUGCGGAACCUGGAGGGCCGGGCUUACCUGCAGCGCGGCCCCCACGCCCCCGAGGAGCGCGGGCCCCCCGAGACCGACCCCGAGGAGGAUGGGCUGGACCUGGAGGAGGAUCCCUAUUUCACCGACGGGUUCCCGGACGACUUUGGGGCGACAAAAAAUCAUUCCCCGGCACCCAGCCUGUCGGGGAAGGGGCGAGCGAGCGAGGUGGUCAGCAGCUUCCUCUGCCUGGUCCCCGAGGAGGCCAAGAGCUCCUCGUGCUUGGAGGAGGGUGGCUACGACACCUACGUGCACGAUGCCCUGGCAAUGGUCCAGGCGUGCCGUGCCAGCGCGGCCCCGUGGGGGUGGCCCUCGUCCCCCCGGCCCCUGGACUCCUGUCACCUCCCCGGAGUGGCUUUUUAUGAGGGACACUUCCUCAAGGUGCUGUUUGACCGGAUGAGCCGGAUCCUGGAUCAGCCCUACAGCCUGAACCUGCAGGUGACCUCGGUGCUGUCCCACCUGGCCGCCUUCCCCCACCCCCACCUCCACGAGUAUCUGCUGGACCCCUACCUCACCCUGGCCCCCGGCUGCCGCUCGCUCUUCUCCGUCCUCGUCAGGGUGAUCGGGGACCUGAUGCAGCGGCUGCAGCGCGUGCCCCACGCCAGGGCCAAGCUGCUCCUGGUGCGCCGGCAGCUCCUGGGGCUGGAGCCGGGAGAGGAGAUGGAUCACACGGUGCUCUUCAAGGGCGUGGUGGUGCUGGAGGAGUUCUGCAAGGAGCUGGCUGCCAUCGCCCUGGUCAAGGGGCCGCCCGAGGGGCCACCCUGAGCCCCUCCCUGAGCGCCCCCUCUUGGGCCGGGCCCUGGUGGCCACUGGCGGUGGCCCAGCCCCCGUUCCGGUGGCCCUGCAAGAGCCAGGAGUGGCCGUGGCGCCGCGGGAAGGACCUGGCAGGAGGACGAGGAGGCGCCAGGUCCUUCCUUGUCACCUCGGCCAGCCCCGAGGUGUCGCCACGUCCCCGUGCUGGGUGCGGAGCCGCGGGUGCUGUGGCUCCUCCUGGGUGGUGGUUCCUGCUCCCCCCGCGCUGUCCGAGCUGCCCUGAGCCCCCCAAGGCUCCAGCAGGGAAUUUUUAGGCAAUAAUGGGGUGUACGGGGCAGUGACCCCCCACCUCAGCUGCAAGGACUCGAUUGUCCCCUGCCCUGGCGCUGUGGCAGGGGGAGUGUGACGUGUGACAUGUGUGACACGUGUGUGUGUUUGUGUGUGCUACGUGUGUGUGGUCUGGUGGGGGUCUGUCCCCCCUGACCCCACACAGCCCCUCCCCAGGGUGAUGGGACUCUGCUCCAAUAAAGCUGUGACUC